CACCGAGCCUUCGCCACUCGAACGCUCCCCUCAAGCAUCCCUCCUCCUCUUCUCUCUCUCCCAGUCUUCAGUUCUCUUCUCCGGCCACCGCGCUCUACAGGACCCCGGCGUAGCUUGCUCGGACACCGAGGGGAAAGGAGAUUAGUUAGCCAGCAGAUGGAUCCAUGGAUCAGCAGCCAACCUUCUCUGAGCCUUGACCUGCACGUCGGCCUGCCGCCGCUCAGCCUCCACCAGGCGCCGGUGGCCGCCGUCGCCUUGGCCCGGCCCAAGGUCCUCGUCGAGGAGAACUUCCUGCCUCCAAAGAAAGAACCAGAGGUCGCGGCUCUGGAGACGGAGCUACACCGGAUGAGCGAGGAGAACCGGCGGCUGACGGAGGCGCUGGCGGCGGUGGCGUCCAAGUACGAGGCGCUGCGGAGCCAGUACACGGAGAUGGUGGCCGCCGCCGCCGCGGGCACGAACAACAACCCGUCGUCGACGUCGGAGGGUGGGUCCGUGUCGCCGUCGCGGAAGCGCAAGAGCGAGAGCAUGGACACCGCGCCGGCGCCGCCUGCCGCCGCGCAGCAGCAGCAGCAGCACGGCACGCACCUGCACCAGCAGCAGCACCCGGGCCUCGCCGCACCGGACCAGAACGAGUGCACCUCCGGCGAGCCGUGCAAGCGCAUCCGGGAGGAGUGCAAGCCCAAGGUGUCGAAGCUGUACGUGCACGCCGACCCCGCCGACCUCAGCCUGGUGGUCAAGGACGGCUACCAGUGGCGCAAGUACGGGCAGAAGGUGACCAAGGACAACCCGUGCCCGAGGGCAUACUUCCGCUGCUCCUUCGCCCCGGCAUGCCCCGUCAAGAAGAAGGUGCAGCGGAGCGCCGACGACACCUCCAUCCUCGUCGCCACGUACGAGGGCGAGCACAACCACGGCCAGCCCCCACCGGCGGCGCCGUCGCAGGCUGCCCACGACGGCUCGGCGGCCCCGGGCGCCACCAAGAACGCCGCUGCCGUCGCGAAGCCGCCGUCGCCGCCGAGGCCGGCCGCACCGGCGCCCGCACCGGCGCCGCACCGCCCGCAGCUGCAGCUGCUGCAGCAAGAGGGUGUCGCGAUGAACGUUGAGCAGCCCGUGGCCGCGGCGGCGUCGGAGAUGAUCCGGCGCAACCUCGCGGAGCAGAUGGCGAUGACGCUGACAAGGGACCCCAGCUUCAAGGCGGCGCUCGUCACCGCGCUGUCCGGCCGGAUCCUCGAGCUGUCGCCUACCAAGGAUUGACAGACGCAUCGGAUCGGAUCGGUUCGAUUGGCAUCACAUACACGAGAUUCUUGCUCAGAUUGUCGUGCACCCACGCAGCAAUCGUCAACAACUGCGCUGGCUGCUUUCUCUGUUCAUCGCUGUUAGAGCAAAACAGCGAUAACAGAACAAGACAUCAGGAUCUGUAGUGCUGCACGAGGAAGAGGAACAACCGGAGUCCAUGGAAGGGAGCAGAGAUCAUUACGCCGGGUGGUCGACGAUGUAACAUGCGAAAUAGUAGCACAGGACAUGUUAGCAUGAAAUUGUACAAUCCCUAGUACUUUGUAGUUGUAGGCGAACUGUUCAUCCAAUUGAUCAAAUGAAAUCAUUACAAUUUUUUCUGA